AUGAUGCGAAGCCAUCCGACUGACCGUCCUCGUCCUCGCAGCAACGAGUGCAAGAGACGCAAGAUCAAGUGCAAUGGCGAAACGCCGUGCCAGCGCUGCGGCAACCUGAACCUCGCCUGCCUCUACGCGCCCAACUGCUGCUCCAACAACUUCAAGGACACGGACGAGUUCAAGGAGGUCAUGACCCAGCUCAACCGCCUGCAGGGAGACGUCAGCUGGCUCAACCAGACCAUUCAAGCCAUGCAGCAGAAUGAAGGACACGGCCGCAUGCACCCCGUCGAUCGCCCGAUGGUCGGCCCGAACUCGGUCAUGGCCUCCUCGGUCAUGGCCCCCUCGCCGUCCCAGAGCUCGGCCUCGGCUCAGCGGCCGGAUCUGCCGUCGCACGGCAAGUCGGGAGCCUUCCGAGGGCCGACCAGCAUGGCCUUCAGCCUCGACGUCGCCAACACGACCAUCUCGAACAUGGGCUACCGCGGCAUCGAUGACGUCAACGUCGACGUCGACGACGACGACGACGCCGACCAGCACUUGGCCGACGGUCCCAUGCGGAUGCGGAUGCUCGACGCGCCCCACGAUCCGCUCUACGAUUUCGACAAGGACGAAAUGGUUCGGCUCUGUCGUUUUCACGAAGACGAGAUCGGCAUCAUGUAUCCCGUCCUCAGCAUCCACGUCGUCAUCACCCACGCCAAGACGAUUGCCUCGUACCUCGAGUCUUCGCGGAGCCAGCAGAGGCCCCUGGAGUCCAUCAACGACGACAAGACGCUGCAGCUCAAGAUGGUCAUGUGCUGCGCCCUCGCGGUUGAGAACCACGGCCACAGCGACAAGGCGAUUCGCCUCUUGGAGAGCAUGGAGGCCGUCGUGAAUCGAAAGCUCAUGUCCGACGUCAGCGACGUCGCCAACCUUCCGCUUCUCUGUCUCCUCGCCGGCUACCGCUUCCUGUCCAACGAUGAGAUCCUCGCCUGGCGAGUCAUGGGGCAGGUCGUCCGGCUCUGCGUCGAGCUCGGCAUCCACCAGAAGAGGGUUCUCAUGAAGAUCCAGGACGAGACGGAGCGGAGGAACGCCCUCAACAGCUUCUGGUCCGCCAUCGUCCUCGACCGCCGCUGGGGCUUCGCCACGGGCCUGCCGUUUGCCCUCAAGGACGAGGAGAUUGACCCGCAGCUGCCCUACCCUGAUGAAUUCCCCUUUCUCGUCGCCAUGAUUUCCUACUCCCGACUCGGCGCCAAAGUCUGGCGUCAGGUCUCCCAUUUCGGCCCCGUCUUGGCCCGAGAGCUGCAGCUCGAAGAGAUUGACAACCUCGAUCGCGAGAUCUUGCAAUGGUACGAGAGCGUGCCGGACGAGGUCAAGGUCCAGAACUGGGACAAGGAGAAGCAGAUGACGUCGACGCCGUCGUACAACUUGCAACGGCUGAGAAUUUGGACCUAUCUGCGACUGAACCAGAUCCGGAUAUGGCUGUACACGCCAAUACUGCACAGCGCGACGAGCAUCAUGCAGAACCCCCAGCUAGCGCAGCAAGUCGUCGAUCUCGCCAAGGAUACCAUACAGUACCUGAACCACCUCAACAGCACGACGAACCUGUACCGCAGAGCCCAGGUCUUUUACCACCAGUUUUUGACCUCGGCCAUCGCUGUCGUCUUCCUUGCCUCGGUCCACGCCCCGGUGCGCUUCAGCGCCAUCUGCCGCGAGGAGUUCUACAUGGCCCUCGACCUCGUCAAGGACCUCUCGGCCAUGAGCUGGGUCUCGAAGCGUCUCUGGCGCACCAUUAAGUCGCUCAAGGAUGUCGCGCCUCGCUUCGGCCUGAAUCCCGACGACGAUCCUCAUUCGAACGCCGCCCUGGGCAUGAUCGGCCUCGCUCGUGGACACAUGGAGCCGGCUCCCGUCGGGCAAACCCCCUUCCCCAUGACCAUACCUGCACUCCAGCAACCGGUCCCGGAGCCGCAGGUUGGCCACAACGGCAAGAGGAUACAGAGCGAGCUUUCGAGAAUCUUUGAGGGCUACGUCGGCCUCAACGGUUUCCAAUUUGACACGGGCGACACCCAAGUGUCCCCUCCUUCGGACCUACCUCCCGAAUCCAACGGUGCGCUGUUUCCGACGGCCGGAACCGUGUUUCCUCAUUUUCGGGAGAUGUACUGA